AUGGCGGCGGGUGCCUCCGACCCCCUGGAAGAGAUGCUGCUCUUCUCCGAGGAGGUGGACGAGAAGGCGGUCAGCGACCUGGUGGGCUCCUUGGAAUCGCAGCUGGCCGGCGGGCGGGGCUCCGCCGAGGCGCCCCAGCCCAGGACCUCCGCCCCGUCCCAGCAGCAGCAGCCGCAGCAGCAGCACCAGGGGAGCCUAGCGGGGGGCAGCAGCCCCGUCCGGCAGCAGCAAGGGCAUCCCGCGCCUCCUCCCGCUCCCGGGGCAGAGGAGGCGGCGGGGUGCCCCGGAGCCGCGGAGAGCCGAGCCCCUGCCCAGGGGCCGCUCCCGUCCCCGUCCCCCCCGGCGGCGGCAGCGGCGGCGGCGGCAGCGGCGGCGGCAGGGAGGGGAGUGAGUGUAAACAGUAGUAGUGUGCAGCAAUCACAUGGAGCGGCUCUCCUCAGCAGCGGCGGCAGCAGCCCCAGCGCGCCCGCCGCCCCUGCCCCGCCGCAGCCCGCUGCCCCCCCGCCCGCCGGCGCCCCUGCCCAGCCUGUCAACAACCAUGUGGCUGCCGGCGCCGCUGCCCGGGCCGCGGGGAGCCCCAGCCCCGGCGGCAGCCCGGCCGCCGCCGACAGCGCGCCGCCGCAGCGCGCCGAGGCCGCGGGGGGGAGCGGGACCCCGGCAGGGGGCGGCGGGCCGGCGGGAGCGGCGGAGGGCGCCGCGGCCGCGCCGCUCCCCGGCGAGGCGGCGCCCAACGGGGAGGGCGCCGGGGGCCGGCCGGCGGCAGUCCCACCAGUCAGCAGCCACGGCAGAGCCGACGCCGCCACAGCACAGACCAAGCCCGCGCACGGCCCGCUCCCCGCAGUAAACGCACUCAGUAACUCCGCCAGCCCCGCGCCCGGCGCUGCCGGCGCGGCCGCCCCGCCGGGACAGGGCUCGGUCGCCAACUGCGCCCCGCCGGCUGCCGCUGGCCCCGGCGCCGCGCCCAAGCCGGCGGUCAGCGCCGCGGGCGUCGCCAAGGCGGGCGCUGCCCUGCCCGUCGCCCCCGCGGCCCCCCAGGCCCUGUCGCCCCGGCCGGCGCUGGGCGCUGCCCCCAGGAUCGUGGCCCCCCAGCUGAUCGUGAGGCCGCCUCAGCAGACCACCAUCCAGCUGCCCCCCGGCUUCACUAUCCCGCCCGGUAUGGUCUUGGUGCGCACGGAUGCUGGACAGCUUGUAAUGGUGCCUCAGCAGGCUCUUGCACAGGCUCAAAUGCAGGCUCAAGUACAAACGCAGGGACAAGGUCCUACCAGCAUUUCACCUAGACUUUCAGUGCCCACAACUGGCCCUGUUUUUCGCCUGUCAACAGCUCAGCAACCAACUUCUGUAGCCACAUCUACUGUCCGCCUAGGACUUCCAGUGCAAGCCAAAGUUGUUCAAUCUACUGCUACACCUGUCAGUGCUACGUCUGCUGCGACUCUGCCAGGAGGCUCUAUUCUUUCACAUACCACAGUAUCAGUAGCUACAACGAGUGCUCAAAACUUAUUCAAGACAACAGUAGCAACUGGAACAUCAGCUUCUCAACAACCUGCAGUAAUUACUGGUGGACAAACUCAAGCUUCAGCACAAAAUCAGGGUCAGCCUCGGCUGCCACUUCCACCUCAUACAACAGCACAAGUACCAGCACAGCCCCAGGUCAUACCAAGCUCUCCUGUACCUGGAACUACGGUUGUAUCACAGGAAAUGCAAGAGAAUGUGAAAAAAUGCAAAAACUUUUUAGCUACCCUUAUAAAACUUGCUUCUCAUAAUUCACCAUCUCCAGAAACGUCCCGUAAUGUGAAAGCUCUGGUUCAGGAUUUGUUGGAUGCAAAGAUUGAUCCAGAAGAAUUUACAGGCCGCCUUCAGUCGGAACUCAAAUCAUCUCCUCAGCCAUAUCUUGUACCUUUCCUUAAGAAAAGUCUACCUGCAUUGAGACAAUCUUUACUGAAUAGUCAACAUUCAGUUUUGCAAGGACAGCCGUCUCAGCAGUCACUUCAGCAAACCAAGCUAUCACAAGUUAUACCUCAAUCUGCCUCUGGAAGCAUUUCCUCUGUUGUCACAACGCAGACAAUAGGAAUAAGGCAACCAAACAACAUUUGCACAGUGUCUGUAUCAAAUACAGUUCAGCCUCCUCAGGUUAAGGUGGUACAGUCAAAUCAGAGUUCUCAACUGCAGAUUAUCCAGACAACAUCUGCUCAAACUGUGAAACGAAACCCUGCUUGCCAGACUACCCAGAUUAGGAUGCCAGUGGUAAUAACUCAGACCAUUAGACCACAAGGCACAGUAGGGAAGGCACCAACAAUACAAGCCAGCAAAAGUCCUGGGGGCUUUGGUGUUCAGGUCUCUGCAAAUCAGAAAAACAAGCUGAAUGACCCUGGAGGUGGUUCUUUCAGAGAUGAUGAUGACAUCAAUGAUGUCGCCUCUAUGGCUGGUGUUAAUCUUAAUGAAGAAAGUGCCCGAAUUAUGGCUACCAACUCUGACUUGGUUGGAACCCAGAUACAGUCCUGUAAAGAUGAACCCUUUCUUGCUGCUAUACCUCUACAUAAACGCAUACUUGAAAUGGCUAAAAAACUAGGAAUUACUGAUGUGCCAGCUGAGGUGGUUACUUUUAUUUCCCAUGCAACCCAAAACAGAUUAAGAACAGUGAUAGAAAAAGUGACAGUGAUAACCCAGCACCGAAUGGAAUCAUACAAAGAUGAUGAAUGGUACGAACAAGCCACAGAUGUCCGAUCACAGUUAAAGUUUUUUGAACAGUUGGAGCGUUUAGAAAAGCAAAGGAAGGAUGAACAAGAGAGGGAAAUCUUGCUAAAGGCUGCCAAGAGUCGCUCAAGGCAAGAAGACCCAGAGCAAGCCAGACUGAAACAAAAAGCAAAGGAGAUGCAGCAACAAGAACUUGCACAAAUGAGGCAGAGGGACGCCAAUCUAACUGCAUUGGCAGCUAUCGGUCCUCGGAAGAAACGGAAGCUUGAUUCACCUGGACUGCUCACCAUAGGAGGAGAGGGCCUUGGUAUGUCCGGUGGAAGUCAGGCUGGCUUGGGGACUCCGUCAUCCAGGCAGUACGCACGACAGAAAAUAACUCGCGUAAACCUCAGGGACUUCAUCUUCUACAUGGAACAGGAAAGAGAAACGAGCCAUUCUCUCCUGCUCUAUCGAGCUCUGCUUAAAUAAAGCCAAGAAUUGUA